AUGAAAGAAAAAAUUUAGAAAUUUAAUGAGCAAUUAAGAUCUGAGAGAGAAUAUAAAAAAUAUCUUCAAAGGUAGAUAUCAGCAAAUAUUAAGUAUUCAGACGUCUCGAAAUAGAUUAUAAAAACGACCAAGAAAAAACAAUCUAGAAAUUUAUCUUAAAAGUCCCUACUCUCUGGCUUUAAAGAUCAUGUAUCAUCUAGUUCUUCUUCUUAAUCAGAUAAGGAAACAGGUCCUAAUAUUCCUUAUCACUACUAAUAUAACAAAGAUGAUUCAGAUUAUCUAAAACAGAAAAAGUAUCAGGUAAGACUGAGGGAUCUAUAUGAGUUACUUGGAAAUAACUAAGCUUGUAUAUUGCCAGAUCCCUAACUUUAAUGCAAAGAUGGUAUUCCACUGUUCAACAUUUUCAUGGAGGAUUUUAAGGAAAGGAAGUAGUAUAAUAAUUUUAGAAUGAAUUUCAAACUUAGGGAUACAAAGAAAGAUACAUGCUAACUUAUUGGAGAUAUAAUUAGGCCUUAAAUAAACAAAAUAAAAGCUAAAAACCCCAAUUUUUAAUAAUCUGAAUCAAUAAAUUAGCAUAAGUCUAAGAUCACUCAAUUUAAAAUGAAGCUAAAGGAGGAGCUCUAAAACGACAUACAAUAGAUAAAAGCUAUUGAUUUUUCCAAAGAUAAAUAUCUAUAAAACUUUCUAGAUUAAAAGUAAAUUGAGGAAGUCGAUAACGGAAAUUUGAUUUUAUAGCACAAUAUAAAACUGAGAAAAGAAUCUGGCAAUGGAGGCGGAGUUACUAAUCAAUUAUAGACUUUUCAUUUAACUGAGAAAUAAAUACAGAGAUAAUCUUCAAAUAGAAAAAAUUAGCUGUCUCAUGACUCAAGCGAUCAAGCUAAAAUAAAAAUUUAAGCUAAUGAUGAUAGAAAUCUAGGUCCCUCAGAUAGGUAGCAUUCACCUGUGAAUAAUGUUAAUUAAAAACUGAUUAAAAACAAUAAAAACAAUAGCAUCUAAUAUGAUGUCGAGAAAUUAUUUUAAACAGUAUCAGACUUUAGCACUUUCGGCUAAAAUAAAAGCGCUAGCUAAGAAAGACAGGCUGAUGUCAGAGAAAAAUGGAUGGCCAAUAAAGUGAAGCUUGAAAAGAAAAUUCUAUCAAUGAACAAGAAUUAGGAAACUAUAAAGUAUAUUCUUGAUAUGAUAAAGGAUAGAAGCAAACCCGAGCCAGAUUUCAAAUACCAAUUGAUUAAAGAGAAAUAUGAAAAGUAAAAAUUAGUUCCAUUGAAGCAAUAGAUCAGUAUGAAGAGUUCUUUUAAGCCUCAAAAUACUCUCAAAAUAGACAUCGCAUAUAAAGAUUUGGAUAAAAAGGCAUUUUACUCCGACAUUAAGCCUAAGGUAAGGAGAACAUUUACCAAAUACUAUUGA